GCCCCACACUCACACACACUCAUCUUCACAGGCUUUUAACGUGGAGGUAAAGAAAGUAAAACACAAAGCAGAGAGCAAUGGACUCUCUUUCUUCCUCUUCCUUCAUCUCCACCUUCUCUCCUGCAUCCUCUCUUCUUCUUCCCCGCCCAUCUUCCUCUCGCCGUCUCCUCCGUAUCAACUCCGCCGUCGUCGAAGAACGAUCGCCCAUCACUAACCCAAGCCAAAACAAUGACCUUCCUCCGAGCAAACCUAAGAAACUCUACACUCGAACCAACCACACCGCCGUUUCAUCUCCGGCGAAACCCCGACAACAAACGUCUCUAGCAACAGCUCUCUUCACCACCAUGGAAGAAGUCAUCAACACGUUUAUCGACCCACCGUCACGUCCUUCCGUAGAUCCAAAACACGUCCUCUCAGACAACUUCGCUCCUGUCCUCGAUGAGCUUCCUCCCACUGAGUGCGAGAUCAUCCACGGCUCUCUUCCGCCGUCUCUCAACGGCGCUUACAUCCGUAACGGCCCUAACCCACAGUUUCUCCCACGUGGGCCCUACCAUUUAUUUGACGGUGACGGUAUGCUUCACGCGAUCCGCAUCCGUGACGGUAAAGCAACGCUCUGCAGCAGAUACGUUAAGACUUACAAGUACAACGUUGAGAAACAAACCGGAACUCCGGUUAUCCCUAACGUCUUUUCUGGAUUUAACGGCGUACCGGCGUCUAUGGCUCGCGGAGCUUUAACGGCGUUCAGGGUUUUAGCUGGACAGUUUAAUCCGAUCAACGGCAUUGGUUUAGCGAACACGAGCCUCGCUUUCUUCUGUAACCGUCUCUUCGCUUUGGGAGAAUCCGAUUUGCCGUACGCCGUACGAUUAACGGAGAGCGGAGAUAUCGUGACGAUCGGACGGCACGAUUUCGACGGGAAGUUAGCGAUGAGCAUGACAGCUCACCCGAAAACCGAUCCCGAAACCGGAGAGACGUUCGCUUUCCGGUACGGUCCGGUUCCACCGUUUCUAACGUUUUUCCGGUUCGAUUCGACCGGGAAGAAGCGAAAAGACGUUCCGGUUUUCUCCAUGACGUCUCCCUCGUUCCUCCACGACUUCGCGAUCACGAGGCGUCACGCGAUUUUCUCGGAGAUUCAGAUUCGGAUGAGGAUGGAUUCGAUGCUCGAAGGAGGAUCUCCCGUCGGCGCCGAUAACGGCAAAACGCCGAGGCUCGGAGUGAUUCCGCGCUACGCCGAAGACGAAUCGGAGAUGAAAUGGUUUGAGGUUCCUGGAUUCAACAUCAUCCACGCCAUCAACGCUUGGGACGAAGACGACGGGAACACCAUCGUUCUCAUCGCUCCCAACAUUAUGUCGAUCGAGCAUACGCUGGAGAGGAUGGAGCUCGUCCACGCCUUGGUGGAGAAGGUGAAGAUCGAUCUCGUCACCGGGAUCGUGACACGUCAUCCGAUCUCCGCGAGGAACCUCGAUUUCGCCGUUAUCAAUCCGGCGUUUGUCGGUAGACAGAGCCGUUACGUGUACGCGGCGAUCGGAGAUCCGAUGCCGAAGAUCUCCGGGGUGGUGAAGCUCGACGUGACUAGAGGAGAUAGGGACGAUUGCACGGUGGCGCGUAGGAUGUACGGUCCAGGCUGUUACGGAGGCGAACCGUUUUUCGUAGCUAGGGAUCCUGGUAAUCCGGAGGCGGAGGAGGAUGACGGUUACGUGGUGACGUAUGUGCAUGAUGAGGUGGCGGGAGAGUCGAAGUUUCUCGUGAUGGACGCGAAGUCGCCGGAGCUUGAAGUCGUAGCCGCAGUGAGGUUGCCGCGAAGGGUUCCGUACGGAUUCCAUGGACUAUUUGUGAAGGAGAGUGACCUUAAUAAGCUUUAACUAUAGAAUCUUCUUAGGUGUUGUUGCAUUUUAAACAUUAUAGUAUACAUAGUUUGGUAGUGGUCGAAUGUAUAUAAAACAUGUAUCAAAGCUUUUAAAUAUUCUUCUUUUUAAACGUA